UUUUCCAACACGACCGAUUUGACAUCUUUGAAUCACCCGGUUGCAGGCGCCGAUGGAUCGUGGGGUCAUGUGGCUGAAUUAUGCAGUCUUAUCAGCCACUACGCCCUUCUCACUUUGCUCAUCCUUGUGUCGUUGAGCACUAUUCACGGUUCAGACACGUAUAUCGCGUGUUGCGAUCCCGUGCCGGGCAGUGUCGGAUCAACUUGUCCGGUCCCAUCUAUCUCAGCGUUCCGUUUUGUGGCGUUUGCCUCACCGCAUCGAUUGAAUACGUUGCUGUUAUUCACCCAAGCUUCCUUUGGUGGGCUGAUCGUGUGUGUGUGUGUCAUCUCGGGGUUUGUCAAACAAGUUGUCCCUAGCUGA